AUGCUCCCACGGUUAGCGCUGUUCUUUCUGGUCGCCUUCCUGGCGCUGAUCGUUGUGGGUGCAGAGGACUACUACAAGCUACUUGGCCUGAAGAAAGAUGCCUCGGAGCGCGAGAUCAAGAAAGCUUAUCGAACCCUCAGCAAGAAGUUCCACCCAGACAAGAACCCUGGCGACGAUGAGGCAAGUGGGAAGUUUGUCGAGAUAGCCGAAGCCUACGAGGUCCUCAGCAAGAAAGAGAUGCGCAAGAUUUACGACCAGUACGGCCACGAUGGCAUCAAGCAACACAAAGAAGGCGGUGGUCCACGCCAGCACGAUCCCUUCGAUCUCUUUUCGCGCUUCUUCGGCGGCUCAGGACACUUUGGACACCAGGGCGGAGAACGACGCGGACCGAACAUGGAAGUACGGGUCGCACUGCCCCUGCGCGACUUCUACAACGGCCGAAAGACGGAGUUCACAAUCGAGAAGCAAGCGAUUUGUUCAGCCUGCGAGGGUUCAGGCUCGGAGGAUGGACACGUGGAGACUUGUGGUACAUGCGGUGGACGUGGUAUCAGGAUCCAGCGACAGCAACUCGCACCCGGCCUAUUCCAGCAAGUGCAAGUCCAUUGCGACCAAUGUCACGGCAAAGGAAAGACGAUCAAGAAGCCUUGCCCCGUCUGCCACGGUAGCAGAGUCAUCCGCGAAGCCGAAUCACACGAUCUCGAGAUCGAGAAGGGCAUGCCAAAGGGCGUACGCAUCACCUACGAGAACGAAGCAGACGAAAGCCCCGAUUACGUCGCUGGCGACCUCAUUGUCCACCUCGUCGAGGCCGAACCUGCCAUGGGAGAACAAAACCACGAGCGCACAGACGGAACCUUCUUCCGGAGACGGGGCAAGGAUCUCUUCUGGCGCGAAGUCCUUUCCCUCCGCGAGGCAUGGAUGGGCGGCUGGACACGUAACAUCACCCACCUGGACGGCCACGUUGUCCAACUCUCCCGCAAACGCGGCGAAGUCGUCCAGCCUAACAUGGUUGAAAUCGUGAAAGAAGAGGGCAUGCCAGUAUGGGCCCAACAACUCGAAACCCACGAGGGUCUGCAAUACGGUGACCUGCACGUCGAGUACGUAGUCGUCCUCCCCGACCAAAUGGAGAAGAGCAUGGAGAAGGAGUUCUGGAGCGUGUGGGAAAAGUACCGCGCCAAGAAGGGCGUUAGCAUUGAUGAGGAACUCGGUAGGCCGACGGAGCCUAUUAUAAUGCCGGAGCCGGAUGCGCACGACGAGUUGUAG